AAGUGCUCAAUACUCUGACCAGCCAGUGACAUAGAGUGACACGACCAGCUCAGGUCCGCAGAGUAAAAGGUACUUUUCGGACUCAGUACCCGCGAGAACGGCCGCGUUACCGCACGUGUUUGGACCGUAUUUAAAAAAAAAAAAUAAGCCCGCCAAAAUCAAGUAUACGAACAUUUCGUAAACGGAACGUGGAUAAAAAUAUUCAAAUGUGAAUUCAUUGGAGUUGAUGACCAACGGUGAACUUGAUAGUUCAGUUUAUGAGUAAAUGUAAAUAAAUAAGGUUUUUACAAUUGCGUGAAGGCGUAAACGAGGACAAUACAGAUAACGCGCCAAGCUUUUCGGGACAUGUGAUACAUAGUGACAUAGUGCGGCGGGGAAAUCAGUCUGUGCUCCGACUAUGCGAAGACGGCUGUAUGCCUAGACGCCUCCAAACCUCUCACGGCAUUAUGCAACCGCGGCCGUAAUAGCGCCUCGAACAUACAUUAUAUUGACUUAGCGAGUUGACAUUUCGCGCUAAUGCCGCAUUACUGAGAAUGGCGUUGGCGAAUUUUACGCUGGCGUCGGUCGCAGCGGCGACGCCGGCCCUUGCCGAUACGUCCCCAGUGCCUGGCCCCUUGAGGCUCGGUCUAGACGACCUUCUUUACUCUCCAAAGGACCACCAGCCAGACAGUGACCCUCUAGCACCUGGAAAUGAGCCCUUCGCUCCACCAGUGAACCAACAGCAACGAAGGUCCAAAAUCCGAAAACGUGCUGGCACCGCAUACCUCCCUCCUCCCAACCAAUUUACUCAUUAUCCACGCCACGAAGAAGUCCCACAAAACCCCUACGCAGGACAGCUUCAUACCCAAAUAUAUCAACAAAACAGUAGAUUAGACAUACAAAUAGAAAACCAACGAGUGCAAGAACUGAAUCCUCAGUACGAUAACACGGGGCAGUAUGUCCAUGAUCCGACAGGGGAUUACGAUUACGAGCAAAGGAGAAUAAACCAGAAAAGUGGUCAGAGGCCGCUUUAUAAUCCAGGCUACUCGGAUGCACCUUAUCCACCAGCGACGACACCGAGUCCAACAUCUAGUCGAAGGUUCGAGGGUCCCUCGAACCAGAAUGUGAAUAAUUUCAACUUUGUUAAUGGACCUAUUUCAACUCCAGCGCCAUUGCAACCUCGACAGCACAUAAACCCUGGAACAAAAGGCGGCAGUGGCAGCAGCAGUGGUCAGACUCCCUCCGAUCGUCCUCCCGGUUUCACUAAAGUGGAAACUGGAGGGUCUGGUGGCAAAACACAGCUGCACGCCGUUCUGGACUACGACGAUGAAUACUACGACGACGAUACUGGAUCAGAUUCGGGCCAGCCUGCUGUGACGCCGGUUCAAGGGCCGAUUCUGCUCAGAAACGGAUCAGUUCCUGUGGUUCCUCUCACCUCCUACCAGACUGUUAAUAAUGGAUCGUUCUACCAAAUACCAAUCCUAUGGACGGCUCUCUCCGUGGCUCUGGGGUACGAGCUUCAAGGACAGAUUAUCAGAGGCGUGCCAUGCGUUAAGCGGAACUACCAGCUGUAUUGCCCUACGGCUGGCAACACCUAUCCCUUAGAUAAAAUCGAAGAGUUCAUAGAUGAGAACAAGGCGCUGAUAAAACGGAUGUACGGGUCAUUCGCGACCCCUGGCGGGAGCCGCGUGCGCCGCGCGCCAGGGGUGCCGGAUAUGCACGCGGGUGAUUCCUACUUCCGUCAUGUCAGGCAGGCGUCCAACACAAACCUGCCUGAUCCACAGUCGGUUAAUAGUACUGGCCGAGUGGACUCGUGUCAGAGUAAAACUGAGAUCAUGACGCCUUAUUGGGCUCUGAACUCCGCAAGAAAGCUACGAGCUAUCGUGAACACUAUGCACUUCGAGCAAGCUAUACACCAAGAAGUUUGCAGCAAAAAAUCUACAGCGCGGUGCUCAGGCGACUGCGGCUGCGAGCAGAAAUACAAAUGGCACCGACUUCUAGCUUACGACCCUAACGACGACUGUGCCGGAAUCUUUAUGGACUGGUUCCUCUUCCCCUCUUGUUGCGUGUGCCGGUGUAAACCUUAAUUGCCCCUAAUUGUAUACUUAUUAGAAGCUAGUGUGACCGCACUUGCGAGCAGUACUAAUAAAAUCGGCUUCUGGCUUACGACCCUAACGAAGACUGUGCCGGCAUCUUUAUGGAUUGGUUCCUCUUCCCCUCCUAAUGCGCUUGCCGAUGUAGUUAACUGCACCAAACUGUAUACUCGGUAGAAGUUAGUAUAACUGCUUCCCAUGACUGGAGCAAAAAACCAUAGUUUUAAUGGGUUAUAAUAUUGAAACAAUUGCAGUAGCUUUCAUUAAAUACAUAGAAAACAUUAAGGAUGAACAGAUAUGGGUGAAAUAGCAAAAAUACUCCAAAUUUUCUCUUAAAUGGCUCAUGAUUGGUGCCGUUAACAUAAUUUUAAAAACUGUGCGUAAAAAUACUCUGCUAAGAUCUUAAAUCUUGAGAGAGUUACAUUUACUUUUACAUACGCUGUUUGGACUGCAAGAUGAUAUUUGCUUUCGUAUCAUAUAUACAAUUGCUGUAAAGUUUGAUAAAAUAGAUUUAAGUAAGAAACUAGGAGCUACCGCUUACUACAAGUCAAAGUUUAAUAUUUAUAAAUGGAUUGUAAAUAGAUUAUAAAAUAAUGUAUAUAGUUGCUUACAUAUUUUAAAUUGAUUCGAAAAUGUUGGCUUCCUUUUUAUAUAAUUUUCCAUGGUCGUAGAUAGAAAUUAACAUUAUAUUUAAAGAUAAACACUGCCAUUGUACAGUACAUUUUGUAUUAUUUAUUAAGGAUAAUUAUAUAAAAUUCAGGCCCGAACAUCAACGCAGAGUCAUAUCGUAUAUUUUUAAGUGAUUUUUGAAAUACUUCUAAUGUUUAUUGGAAUACGUUACCUACUAUUAACUUGAAACAGACUGCCCUAGCGAAAACUCACUUGUGAACUUAAUUUUUCAUAUAGUUUCUACAAAAAGCGUACUCCCAUCUUAAAGCAACGGCAACGCAUUUACAACCCCCUCUGGUGUUGCGGGUAUCCAUGGGCGACGGUAAUCGCUCACUAUCAUGGGAUUCGUCUGCUCGAAAAAAAAAAACAAGAAUCCUCUUAAGCCCAAUUUACACUGAGCUAGUUAUUAUUGGCUUUAGUUAGUACACCUACCUACCUAUACCGCAAAAUAUGUACUUAGUGACUACGGAUUCUAAUUCACGUCAUCGUCAAAAAUCCACCUCAGGCUUUUUUUUAUUUUAUAAGCCGCGAAGAAUUCUCGACUCUUCAGACUUCAUGUAAAUUUUAUAUUCAAUGGUGUCUAAGUAUUAUCUUACCUACCUACGCGACAUUUGAGUAUAGCUGUGUAGCUAUUUGUUUUGGGCUUAUAUUAUUAGCAACCGGACUCUCAUUAUAUAUUUGGCCCAGAAGAAACUUGAUGAUUAUGAUGUAAAUUAGAUAAUUUUAGUGAUUUAUGAUCAAAUUAUUAUAUUACUCUAAGCUUAAUGUAAUAUUAUAAGCAUACCUACCAAUGCGACGUCCAUAGGAAAGUACUUAGUUUUUGGUUAAUAAAGUGCAAUGAAUAUUAAA